CCGCGCACUGGAAGACACCCAGAUCCUACCGAGAAAUCAGUCGGUUUAGAGGCACUGUAUAUAACAGGUGUAUCAGUGUUUGUAAAGCUGAAGCAGCGAUCAGAAAGACGCGUCCGGUGGAUCCAGUCGCUCGCGCGCAAUGGUGAUAUAAACAGACGCGCCCAACUCCAACCUAAAACCAGACAGACGAACCUAGUCAUGUUUCCUCUGCCGAUGUUCACACCUGAGCAGGUGGCUCGAGUCUGCGAGAAUCUGGAGGAGACUGGAGAUAUGGAGCGCUUGGGUCGCUUCCUCUGGUCGCUGCCCGCCGCGGUGCCCGGUUCGGCCGGCGAACUCCUCAACCGGCACGAGUCGGUGAUGCGCGCCCGCGCUCUCGUCGCCUUCCACGGCGGGAACUUCGAGGCUCUCUAUCAGAUCCUGCAGAGCCACCGCUUCACGCGGGAGUCCCACGCCAAGCUGCAGGACCUGUGGCUGGACGCGCACUACCGCGAGGCGGAGCGCCUGAGGGGGAGGCCGCUGGGCCCGGUGGAGAAGUACCGCAUCCGGAAGAAGUUCCCCCUUCCUCGGACCAUCUGGGACGGCGAGCAGAAGACGCACUGCUUUAAGGAGCGAACCCGUAGCCUCCUGAGGGAAUGGUACCUGCAGGAUCCCUAUCCAAACCCCUCCAGAAAGCGUCAUCUGGCUCAGGCCACGGGACUCACACCCACUCAGGUGGGAAACUGGUUCAAAAACAGAAGACAGCGGGACAGAGCAGCGUCUGCUAAAAACAGAUUGCAGCAAGAUUCAUCCCUCCUUCCCUCCAGAAGCUCUCCAGAAUGCUCCUCGGAGCACAACACGCACCAUCAGGGCUCCUCACCGCAUCGCCCCGGGAGCGACUGCAGCUCGGGCACGGGGCCGCGGGGGACCGGGGCCUCCACGCCAGACAUAUCCGUCAGCAGCGACAGCGAGUUUGAGUCGUGAAGAACGCCUGCACCUGCCCUCCGAGAAACGGACCGAAAGACACGAGAGUUUGAAGCAUCUGGAGGGCAGAGGACUGCUGCUUGUACAUGCACUUAAAGGAAAGACAGAGAAAUCAGCUCGAUUUGCUGUUUUAAAUUGCAAGAAAUCGGACUAAAAAGAACGGAGUUCUCAGUUGCUCCCUUUUUCGUGAUCGGUUCGUCCCUGACCAAAGAGGAACUACAAUUUUUAGACUGCGGACCUCUUAAAAGGCACGUGCCAAAUCAAUCUCUUCAGGCUCAUUGGCUUUUUCAAUCAUUCUAAUACUCAGGUGGCACAAAAUAGGAGACAUAUCACACAGAAGGACAUCUAUUAUGCAGAUUUCGUAUUUGAAAUCUAAUCUAGAUCGUCCAGCCAGGCCUUUCAUAACACUACAAACAUCUGUCAAAACCAUGAAGCGGUUUGAUCUGCUUGUUCCCACUGAAAACAGAAGGUAGAGGUAACUUGCUGCUGUAUGUUUUCAUAAGAAUGUAGUGUAGAUUAUGUCAGUUAUUGUGCUAACAUUGCAUUUUGUUGUUUUUUUGUUCUUAAAUGAGGAUUUAGGUCCAUUGGGAAUAUAAUGAUGUAGUCUGGAUGAACAUAGAUUAACUGACGUUAUGGAAUAUUAAUGCUGCUUACCUUUUAAUACGCUGUGAAUUUGGACACACUGUGAACACACACCAUCUUGCAAUCAACUUUCUGUACAUUUCAUUUCAGUCACUCAGCUUUUUAUGUGCCUAUACUUUGAGGACGGCAUCAAACUUUAUGACCGUCUGUCAUUUAUCAUUUCCACACCCAU